AAAACUUUAUUAGCAAACACCAAACACACCUCCUUGUGAUAUAGAACCGAUGUUAACCGUUGGGAUGUUUUCCUAAAAACAUCGUUCCUGACACUUCAGGUCCAUUAAACGUGGACAUGCUCUGAAAGACUCCGUGUUCAUUCAUUCGUGGUCACCUCUGAAGCGCUCUAAACGAGAGGAUGCUCCUCCGUAUGUUGUCGUCCAGACUGAGACCCAGGCAGGCUUUGGAGAGUAAAAAGGUCUGCAUCUGUGCCUCGGCCAGUCUCUCCCAAUCAGUCCAAUUUCAAAAGUAUGAAUCCAAACCCAGGACUCACUCAGACUUGCCUAUCUCGGGCAUCUCAAGGACCUGUUAUGUAAACCAACAGAGGACAUAUUUAAGACGUGUUUUCCCAGCUUUGGGUGGAUUUAAAGGUUUGUUCAUGGACUCUGGGAUGUUCCCCAACUGUACGAGUGGACAGAAUCGGUUUUAUGCCACAGACCUUGUGAAGUCGAUUUUGAAACCAAGUUUGAAACCAGUGGCGGUGCCUGGGAAACGGAUUCCCAAAGGACCAAGAACAAAACAGCCCUCUAGAGCCAAUCAGCCAUCUUUACAAGAAGACGAGGAUAUGAUGCGAUGCAUUGCCUUUGCAACAGCAGACCAGUAUCAUUUGCCAACACUUUGCCAUGAUUUGAAAAAUCACGGCUUCGAGGAAGUAGAUCUACCAAGAGAUGCCUCAAAUGUGCUGGUGAUAUCCACAGAUAUGACUGCGAAACCAGAUGACCAUGCUCUCAUUUUCUUUUUCAGGGAAGGAUCUGUAGUUUUCUGGAAUGUUGAAGACAAAACGGCAAAAAAUGUGAUGAGAAUAUUGGAGCAUCAUGAGAUCCAACCUUACGAAGUAGCAUUAGUCCACUGGGAAAAUGAAGAGAUCAACUACACAGUUGGAGUAGGAAAUACAAAGCUUGAACGUGGCAACUUUAUUCUGAGCGAUGAGAUGGAUCAAAAUGACAGUGUUCUGGAGAAAUUUGCAUUUUCAAAUGCAUUAUGUUUAUCAGUGAAGCUGGCAAUAUGGGAGGUGUCAUUAGACGACUUUGUAGAGUCAAUUCAAUCAAUUCCAGAGACACUGAAGUCUGGCAAAAGAGUGAAGUUAUCCUCUGCAGAGGUGAUGCAGAAAAUAGGAGAGCUUUUCAGUUUAAGACACUGUAUAAACCUGAGGUCUGACCUGCUCCUCACUCCCGAUUUCUACUGGGACCGAGAAAACCUGGAGAAGCUCUAUGAGAAGACGUGCCAGUUCCUCAGCAUCAACCGCAGAGUCAAUGUGAUGAAUGAGAAGCUACAACACUGCACGCAGUUGACCGACCUCAUGAGGAGCCAUCUGAGCGAGAAGCACAGCUUGAGGCUGGAGUGGAUGAUAGUUAUCCUCAUUACAAUAGAGGUUAUGUUUGAACUUGCAAAAAUGAUCUUCUGAGCAACUCCUCCACAAUUCUAUGAAGGCAAUAAAAGCUACAAAGAAAUAACGCAGGACUAUGAAGGUACUGUCAAUAAUAUGGGACAGUGAUUUCCUGACAUAAAUACAGUUAAGUUAAUAUACAUCUUUCUGGAUAUCUUAACUGGUAAUGUAUUCAACACAAUAAAGCUUUGUUUUCUUUCA